AGGGAGGAGGGAGGUAAAGCGGGUGUUUCUCUCAGCUGCCUGCAGGUCUGGUUGCUGCCGGUAACUUUGCCUGUUGAGAUCAGAAGAGAUCGCGUUUCAACCAUAAAGUUCUCUCUGUCUCUCUCGGAAAGACCGAUGUGGAGCCGAAGCUGAAGUGCUGCCGAGCUGUAGUUGUCAGAGAAGGACGUCUUGAUGAGACUCUCUUGGAGACGCAAUGUAGAGCUGGCGCAUCAUAGUGUUGGGUGAGGAAGAAGUGAGAGUCUCAGGACAGAUAAGCUCAAGGGAAGAGAAAAGCGACAGAACAAGAGAGGGUGAGUGGUGGGCAGCUCUCUGAGGGAAGUUGGAGUCACGUUCUCGUUCUGUGCGUUGGACUUGCUGGUUUCUUUUCAGUGCUUUUUCCUCCUGCCUCCUGUAUUCGUCUCUGCUGAGGGGUGGAGUGAGUUUGGACGGCCGCUUGGAUUUGACCAUGGACUUACAGAUAGCGACACGCAGCGAGAGAUGAGAGCAGACCGUAGAGGUUCACUGCGUGACAGCAGCUCUGUCUUUCUGAAGACAUCUUGGGCAUAAAGCCAGACUGCAUACAUAUUUCAUAUAUCACCUCCUCCUUCUUCACUUCCCUGCACCAGUUUUUAUUUGGGAACUCUGAUUUCAGCUCCAUCGCAUUGAUGAGGUAACGUCAAGCAGGAGGCAGCGUAGCAUCAAACUGCACAAUCAUUUUUUCCCUUCUAUCAAAUCGCCCAUCACAACCAUGGGUCAGAAGAUUUCUGGCAGCAUUAAGUCAGUAGAUGGCCGUGGAGACAGUGGUGGGUCCCCGUCUUAUCGGCCCUCAGCUCACCACAGGCAGCAUCCAGAGCUGAGGGGCCCAGAUUUUUCCAAACCUCCCAGGCUGGACCUCCUACUGGACAUGCCAUGUGCUGGCCUGGAUACCCAGCAGCGUCAUGCCUGGAACCCUGAUGACCGCUCACUAAAUAUCUUCAUCAAAGAUGAUGAUAAAUUGACAUUUCAUCGCCACCCUGUCGCCCAGAGCACAGACUGCAUACGAGGCCGAGUGGGAUACACCCGCGGUCUCCAUGUGUGGAAGAUCCAUUGGCCUGCACGGCAGCGUGGCACUCAUGCUGUAGUUGGUGUGUCAACAUCUGAAGCUCCUUUACACUCUGUUGGGUAUACAGCGCUGGUAGGUUCGGAUUCUGAGUCAUGGGGAUGGGAUCUGGGACGCAACCGGCUCUAUCAUGACAGUAAGAACAGGGCACACAGCUCUCUGUCUUCUUACCCCUGUUUCCUGGAGCCAGAGGAGUCUUUUACUCUGCCAGACUCCCUUCUAGUGAUUCUGGACAUGGAUGAAGGCACACUGAGCUUCAUGGUGGAUGGACAGUAUCUAGGAGUGGCAUUUAGAGGGCUAAAGGGCAAGAAGCUGUAUUCCAUUGUGAGUGCUGUGUGGGGGCAUUGUGAGAUAACCAUGAAAUACAUCAACGGCUUGGAUCCGGAGCCUCUUCCUCUGAUGGACCUGUGCAGACGCGCGGCCCGUCUGGCGUUGGGUCGUGAGCGCCUACAGGAGAUCGAGAGCCUUCCUCUGCCACAGUCUCUCAAAAAUUACCUCCAGUACCAGUGACUGACGGCCUGAACAGAGCAUCAUGAGGUCUAAACACGAACGGAUGAAAGGUGAUGAUGGAAGGAUACAGAGCAGGCAGGAAGGACAUCCACACAGAGGUCACAGGCUUUGGGACAGCACCAGCUUCACUUGGACCUUGAGGCUGCUUUCCUCUUUUCAUUUUGGACUGAAAGUAAUUUAUUGAUGAUGGUAUCUCACUCAUCCAGACAGGCGGUUAAUGGUGAUGUAGUGAGACGGUUGUGUCACCGUAAGAUGACUGCCACCACCUAGUGACAAGAAUUAAAAAAUGCACCAUGUAAGCACACUAAAAAUCCUUGGAGGCCUUUCUGAUGCGCAGGUGUUUCAUUGCUCCUCGAUUUGGUUGUGCUCGCUCUCUACAGGCACAAGCAUAGUUUCUAAGAGGAUGUUACCUUAUUUUUUCUUUUUGUUUUGUUUUGUUUUAUUAAACUGACUCAGCGCUCAACUCAGAGCUCUCCUUACAUGCAGAAUGGAAUUAAAAGCCAGCAUGCCAAAUUUCGCUCCUGCGUAUAUUUGAUGAUAGACAAAACAAACCGGGAAACUUGUUGCUGUUCAAAUCAUAAUUAGGCGCAACUGACAACAUUCCUCACAGGACACUAAAAGAUGAUUCCAACCAAAGUAUUUCAUACGAAGGUAGGUUGCAGGCACGCGGCCAGUAGUUUACUCAGAAAUGUCGUUGUAGCUCUAGGUCUAACUAUGGCACACACACCAACAAUCCAGGAGGGGCCUGUUGUAGCUCAGUGGUACCAGACGGUGUCACUGCACCGUGCCUCAAAGACCACAAACAGGACGUGAUCCUGGAUCAUAUUGGCCUCACAGUGCUGAGGUAGAGGUAUUUAUUUUUUAUUUUUUAGCUCAGAAUAGGAUGCAGAUGACCAGUGCACAUCAAUACACACACACACACACACGUACACACACUGUAGACCAGUAAGAUUCCUAAAAAUGCUUGAGUCACUUUUUUCACUUUUUGUUUGUCUUUACUUCAGAGUUUUUAUUCUGCGUUGUUAUGAUUUUACUGUGUGUGAGGUCUGAUGAUGAUGAUAUUUAUUUAUCACGGGCAUGUUUGGUUCUUAAAUGAUCAUUGAUUUUUAAAUUCAGGUCAAUUUGUUACAGACAUGCUGGUGAUGGGAGAAUGAAAUAAUUGAUUUUCAAUGCUGCUUUUGUUAUUGUUAUUGAUGGUGGUGGUCUUUCCUCCUGUAUCGGGUCGGGCGAGGAGACGACCGUUCAGAGGAGCAGACAGUGCAGAUGAGUUGUCAACUGUUGUGAAAUGUGAAUAAAAGCCAUGUGACAUGAAAAAUUUCA